UGGCUGUCUGAGAAACUAUUUGGUAUAGGGGAAGCUUCUCCUUUGAUGCUGUUUGGUUUUUUUGUUUACUUUAAAUUUGCAGUUGUGCUAUUUGUAGAAAUAUUUGCAAUUUGCAUGCCUAUAGCCAGGACUUUGUUUUCAGCAAAGCCCUGCUGAAAAAGGAAGGAAGUCAGAAAUAUUCUUAAUUUACCAUGUUUACUUAAUUUAACCAGGAAGAAUCUUCAAGCAUUAGAGUAUUUGUCUAAACUUUAAGCUGUCUCUCUAUUAUGGCCCCAACAUAAAAAUUACUGAUACUUUAUGAACAACUUUUCUCUCUCACAUGACAGUGUUUGUAACUGACACUUGAGAAUUUAAUACAUUAUUAUUUCUGCCUUGAAAUGUUCCUCAUAAAAAGGAAGUGGAUCAUUAUUGUCUUGUCAAACUCCCAUUCAGUUCUCAAGGAUGAAUUAUUAAAUGGGACACCUAAGCCAAAAUUACCAAUGGUGCUCAGACCGACCAAAUCAGCACAGACUUCAGUGUCGCUGUGUCUACCUCACUUCCUUGGUAACUUAUGUAGAUAAGGCCAUAAGUAGAGUUGUUAUUAUGGCAACUGGACAAAGUCAGAAAUCAGCCACCCUCCCCCCUAGAACUCAACCCCCAAAGCCAGGGAACCAGAGAAACAAACUGUCAUCUCCCUCCUUUAAUAGAAGUCUCUUUGGGCGACUCGUGCAGAAGCUACGUUUUCGUAACCGUGAUACAGAUUCAGAAUUUCCAGAUGCUCAGAAUGUGGAAGGACUGUACUUUAAGAGGAAACUGUCUCCUGAGCACAAGGAGACACCAUCUCAAGGACCUUUUGCCAGAGUGGAUGUAAGGAGAAGUCAGUCUGACCGUAGCUACCAGAAACCUGUUGAAAUGAGGAAGAAAAACGGGGCAUUUCCCAAACUCAGGCGUUCCAGGCAUUCAAAGGAAAUCACAGAGGUCUUGCCCCCUCAGGAUAAAAGCCCCAUGGCGUCCUGUUUGGAGGUGUCAAAUGACUUCAUAGUAUCUGAUGAUGCAGGUAUAGACUUGGACGAUGGGGGUAAGGAGGAGCCCAUUCCUUUGGAUGACAUGGAUCCAGGGUAUGAAACUCUGGACGAGGUACGAGAAAAAAUGAAAAAUUUGAAGCUUAAAAAGUUGAAAGAAGAGGAAGAGGAAGCUAAGAGUCAACCAGCAAUACAAACUCAUAGACGAACUCAGUCAGCAGGGGGUCAGGAUGAGGCUCGGGGAGGGGAAAACGAGCUUGAGAUCAGUGCCAGGAAAAGAAGAAGCACAAAUUUGAGUCACACAGAUGUGAAUCGACCAAACAGUCAACAUCUGGAUGUGAGAAACCACCUUCUGCCAAACUUGACUUCAAAUCUUUUAAGUGUGCGUUCUGGAAGUUGCCCUCUCCACCAUGACAACUCUUUACAAUCAGCAAAGAUGGGUUCACCAAACAAAUCAGAAAAUUGUCUUUCUCAGGGAGGAGUGGUUUGGAAAGAAACAGAGGAUGUGUAUGCAAACCCAUCAAUAGUUCACAACAAAACCAAGCAAAGUGGAGAAAGGAAAGACACAGUCAGGUCCAGUAGUGCUAUAAAUAGGGAGGAAAGUGUGGAGAAAGAGCCUCCACCUUUACCAGAGAGACAGUACAGUGUUCAGGCUCAGGACGACCUGGGUUCAGAAGAAACUUGUAGUGAGGACAACAUACUCAUUCAUUCUACUCAUGUUGUUGAACAGAACUGUAUUGUUUCUCAGGAGACAAAUUCAGAAUCAACCGAAGUGAGGCCUGAGUUGAUGAAUGAGGAAGGCAAUGGCUAUUCAACUUGUGGGAGUGUUUUAGUUAGACCUGAUCCAAUGGAUGACGAGGGCAAUGGGUAUUCAGCUUGUGGGAGUUCUUCAGUGAGGCCUGAUCCAAUGGAUGGAGAGGGCAACGGGUAUUCAACAUGUGGUGGCUCCUCAAAGGCUCCUUAUAGGAGAAGAGAAAGGAUUUAUGAGGAAAUUAAAGAUCACGAUAUUAACAAUUCACAAUGUGAAGCAGACGACAUGUGUUCAGUGCCAUAUCCAUCUUAUAUAAGGAAAGAGAGACCCUAUGAAGAUGUAAAAGAUUUGCAAAUAGAUAGUGGAAUUCAUAAUUCUUCCUCUGGAACUGAUUUUUUUGCUCAAGUUAUGAAUCAUUUUGACUCGUUAUCAGAAAAUGUUGUGUCGUCUAAUAGUGUUUGUGAAACUUACACAGAAGACUUAGAAACUGAUGGUAGUGCUAGUGAAAAAGCUUGUGAGAACUUAGAAAUGUUUAGUGAUGUCAGAAAUGCAAGCAGUGCAAAAACAGAUAGUGCUAUAACUGACCUAAGUAUAUCUUUAGAUCAGCCAAUCUCAAAUAUCAAUUCUUUUACUUCAUCUGCUGAGCAGCUAGUCUCAGAGACUCUUGAAACUUCGAAUCCAGAACUGGUAAAACAAUCAGAUCUGACUGAUCAUCAGCCCUUGGACAAUUUUGCAGCUACACAAUUAGAAGAAUCUGAAAACACUCCAUUAAAGCAACAUACCGAGUCCAUAAACAGUUCGGUGUCUCCAGCUCAGUACAAGUCUCCUUUGGGGACAUCAUAUGAAGAUGAUGCUGAUUUUGUGUUGGAAAGUCUCCAUAGCCAGGCCAUUCCAUCUGGUGUGUCUUCUAUUGAAAACCUGCUGGAAUAUGAACGAGCUGUGAAUGAUAACAGUAGUGAAGUAGUGAAUGAAGACAGCGGCACUCCAAUGAGCAGCUCAGGUGUAAAAUCUUGGGAGGAAAUACCCUUUGCUGAUGCAGAUGUCGACGCUCUUCCUAGACAACCAGAUGAUGGAUACUCAGAGUGUUCUGAUGUCAAUCAAGGAAGUCUGGCUGGAAGUUUGAUCAUCACAGAGGCAGAUUUAGGAUGUGAUCAAAAUAGUGCUUCAAACACAGUAGUGACCCCCUCACAGUCGGAAAUGGAAGCUAGUGCUUCAGAGGACACUGCAGAAAUGAUGAAACUGCCAAUAGGGGCAAUAGGUGGUGAUCCCAAAACUGACAAUGCACAAGAUAUACUGGAUGAAGAGGCAGAAGUCAGAUGGAGACCCAAAGGACUGCCAUAUAAAAGCAUUCCCUCCUAUUACUAUGAUGAAGAACCUGUGCAUAUGAGUCUUUCAGAAUUGGGCAUGAAAGAAAAGUACAAUAAACAUAGCAGGGAGAAAGAAAGACAGAAAAGGAAGCAAAAGGAAGGGAAAUCUUCCAGCAUAAGGCAGCAGUGUUCUGGUAACUCAUCUCAGGUCAAAAGUAGUAGUUUAUCUGGUGUCAAGGUCAGAGACAGUAGUCUGAGACAGACCGCUGUUCAUAAGAACCCUGAAGCCAGAAGGACUUACCCCAUGGGAAUGGCUAAGUCUUUAGACAGUGAAAAUGUGCACAAGGAUCUUGUGGAAACUAAAAUGGUCAAAUCUGAGACAUCUGGUGACAAACCAUUGCGAGACGUCAAGGCCAAAUCAAGUUUUGUUGAGCCAGUCACACUUCCAGAAAUUCCUAGAUUUAACCCCAAUUCAGAUAUAAGAUGCAGAAAAGACUUCCUUGAUAGCAUGAAACAGCUGAAAGAUUGUGGUUGGUACUGGGGCCCUCUUAGCUGGGAUGAGGCAGAGAUCAAGCUCCUGAAUAAGCCUGAUGGGUCGUUCCUGGUGAGGGACAGCUCGGAUGAGCGCUACAUUCUCAGUCUGUCCUUCAACAUGAAUGGACAUGUCCACCAUACUCGGAUAGAGCACCACAAAGGUAAAUUCAGCUUUUGGUCCCAGCCAGAUUCACUAGGGAAAUCUACCAUCAAAGAGUUCAUUGAACAAUGCGUCAGGAAUUCACGUAACGGACAAUUCCUGUACUUCAUUCGCCCCUCUGGUCCUGGGGCCCCUCCCAUGCCCGUUCAUCUCCUUCACCCGGUUUCACGAUUUCGCCAAAUGCAGUCUCUUCAACAUAUGUGUCGUUUCCAGAUUCUUCAGAUUGUGCGUCGAGAUCACAUAGACCGACUGCCCAUUCCAACAAGUAUCAAAGACUACCUGCGAGAAUCCCAGUAUUAUGUGGAAUAUCUAGAAGACUAGACACAUGGAAUUUUUAGUCUACAAAGUUGAUUUUGUGAUUUGUACUACCAAAUUGUGAUUUUUUUGAAAAAAUACCAAAUGUCUUUUUUCUCCUAUAUGUGUUAAGUGUCUGUGAUGUGAUAAUAGUGUUUGUGGGUCUGAUUUUCAAAAUCAUGUGACUGUUUUUAUAUAUGGAUUUUUGAUUGACUUUUAUAUGUACUUUCAAGAAUAGAUCUAAUUGUAUGCUUAGUAAAUUUAAGCACACACUAAUGUUUCAAUUUUAUUGCUUUUUAUUGACAAUAAUUUUCUUUCCUUACACUGAAUAAUCGGGUUUACUUAUAUUUUUAUUUACCUAGUUUGUUGAUGGCACUAUUUUAGAAUUAUUGUUGUUGUGCAAUAGUAUGUAGUGAAGCCAAAGCAAUAGGAUGUUGUAGAACGAAAAUUAGAUUAUUAAAUUAUUGAUUAUUUGACAACACUGAAGGAAUUGGAUAAAAAGCAUGCAUAAAAAGCAUAUUUUUCAAUCUACCUCAAUAUUGUUUUUGCAUUGUUAAAAUUUAUAAGGAAAUUAAACGUAAAAAUGUUCUAUGCAUAUUGCCAUUUAGAAUGAAAUUGCGGACAAUCUUUGAAAACAAUUUUUGGGUUGUUGGAUUUUCAAAUAUUUACUGUACAACAUCCUUGUAUGUACACUUUCCAAAAUGUUUACUAUUAUGACGAUCAUUUUCCAAAAGAAAUAUUUGCCCUUAUUGAAGUUAAAUCAAAUGUUUUCAGCGUACCACUGAAAAAAAAAAAUAAUGGACAGAGAUUGCUUAUUUUGACAGUUUCAGAAAGGGAAGUAUUGAUUUAUUCCAGCAAGAGUUAUCUUUUUGCUAGAGGUAAAAGACCCUUAAAAUGAUGAAUGAAUUGGAUGUCAAUCAAGACUAUUCCUUUUCUUAUCCCGGCAUAGGGGGCUUUUAUGGUGGUUAUUUUUUACUCUCGGCAAAUUUUAAAUGAACAUUGCUUAUUUGUACAGUCUUAUUCAAUUGACUUGUUUAUGGUGUUGCAAUGUAAUAUGAUGCAGACUGCAUGGACUGUACACUCCUUUGUUAAAACUGGUAUCCAGUUUCAUAAAAAGGGCAACUUUUGUUGAAUCUUGGAAUAUUAAACUUCAACAAUAUACAUGUACAUGUUAUUGGUUUUGGUAAAGAUAUUAUUGUACUCUUUAGACACAAUCAUUUACAAUUUCAUCAGUUUUCAUAUUUUUGUUCCUUUUUGGGUUUUUCUCUAAUUAUGACCAAAUACAUAGGAGGUAUAUAUCUGACUAUUUCUGAUUUUUUACAGACACUGAAGCAUAGAAAUUUCACAUUUUUAUUUAAAGGGACAUGAACAUCAAAGGAUGUGAAUUAGCUGCUAUUUACUUAUGUUUUUUUUUAGUAUAUUAAUACAUUGUUAACUGCAUUUACCUGAAUAAAGUAACUGUAAGAUUCAGUUUGGAUGUAUAUGCCAUAAGGUCUAGUGCUGCUUGAAAGAAUGAAACAAUUGUUAUUGAAGAAAAUUGUUGUAGUUAGAUGUCUAUUGUUAUCAAAAUUGGAAGCCAUCUAUGGUAUAAACUAAGUUGAAGUCUGAAGAUUAGGAUUUCCUUUGAAGCUUUUUUGUUUUGUUAAUUUUAGUAAAAUGAAACACAUGUACAUGACAGUAUCUCAUAUUUCAUGUCAUUUGAAAUAUAUGAAGUCAACUAAGAAAAUCUCAGAUGAUUAGUUGUUUAUCAUAUUGGCAAGAAUAAUGACAGUGUUGAAUGAAUGAUUUUGUGAAGCAAUUGUCAGGUAAUUAGCACAUAUUUAAAAAAAUUUCAAUGAUUUUUAACACAGUAUUUAUUUUCAAACUUGAUUUUCCACCCAAUCUUUUUCGUAUUGUAAAAUAUGUCUACAUAUUUUUGAUGCAUGUUUAUUUCAACCUUUCCACAUGACAUAUAUUUUUCUCUUACUAAAAAUUAUGCCCCUACCUAAUAAUACUGUGUGCAUAUACUUCUAUUACUCAUAUUAUUAGGUACGAGUAUAUUUUUUCAUUACGAGAAAAAUUUGCACUCUCGGGUGCCUUUGCUCCUUUGUUUAUAAAUAUGAUUUUUACUUUUGAUAGGGAGGAAAAGCAAAGGUUUUAGCAGUCAUUAGAUCUUUAUAAAAUAUAUUAAUUAGUGAAUUUUCAAGAUUUUAAUGAAUAUGAAAAUACAAAAUAGCUUAAUAAUAGAGAGAGCCUUAGUGCUUUUAAUGAUGGGACAAAUGACCCAUUGAUCUUUUGUUUUUGAUUUGUUUAUGGUGCAUUACUGAUGUGUCUGUGUUGCUGUUUUUAUUGUUGUCUGUGUUUACCUGUUGUUGAUUUCAGUCUUAAACCCUGGAAUUAGAUUCCUUUACAUUGGUUCUCCUAUCAUGUCAUGCUUAAACGAAAUAAACAAAGUGAUAAGACAG